AAUAGUAUAGAUAGUAGAUACUCUCAUCUCCCAGUCUUUAUAGUUCCAUUAAUGUACGCUGCCGUGUGCGUGUGAUUUUCAAUUUCAUUUUCACUUCAUUCUUCUGUGUGAUUUAGCAAACCAGAUAGAUUCAUAGGGAGAGAGAAAUCUGAAAAUAAGAGAGAUGACGAUCGGAAUAAUGGAGGUGAAUCUGGUGGAUGCUCGUGGUCUUAGCAAUUCCGAUUUCCUCAAUAAAAUAGAUCCAUAUGUGUUGAUUCAGUACAAGAGUCAAGAACACAAGAGCACUAUUGCCAAAGGGCAGGGAAGCAAGCCAAGCUGGAAUGAAACAUUCAAAUUCAGGGUGGAAUUUCCAGGAUCAGAUGAACAACCUAAGCUUGUUCUCAAGAUAAUGGACCAUGAUACAUUCUCAUCUGAUGACUACAUUGGACAAACAACAAUAUACUUGAAAGAAGUACUGGAACUAGGAGUGGAGAAUGGAAGCUUUGAGCUACGUGCUCAAAAGUAUAGUAUCGUGGAUAGUAGCCAAAGCUACCGUGGAGAUCUUCGAGUGGGUGUCUCCUUCACCCCAAGGGUGGAAAAUGAAAGUUAUGCACAAGAAUUUGGAGGAUGGAAGGAGAGUCAGUGUGGUCAAAGACUCAAAAUGUUCAUGGAACUUGAAAUGGUUUCUCGAGACGAAGGAAGAGCAAUAUGUGCGUUUGACGAGGAAGAAACCAUACCAGAGACACAACCAAUAGAAAUUGGUGGCGAAGAGUAUAUGAACAGGAGAGCAGAGAUACGUUGCACUGAAACAUUUCACAAUCUUCGCAAUAACUUGGUGGAACACAUUUACGGGGUUCAAAACAUUAACCUUAAUUUGGAUCCACCGGAUGACUCCGAAGACGAGUUCUCGGAGAACGACUUUAUGUAG